CUCGGAGCUCCGACCUGAUUUACUUCCUCAUCAUUGGAUACCCAAUAUGGAUUCUCUGUCUCUCGAUCUGGGACUCACAGGCGUGAGCGUUGUUGUCACUGGCGGCGGUGGACUCAUUGGACGCGUUGUCGUCGAUCAUUUCCUCGCAGCGGGAGCAAAAGUAUCGUCGCUCGACAUCAUCCACCCGGUGGACGGCGACUUUCAGCUGGAUGCUGCACAGUCGGCUUUCAUUUCCAUCCACUGCGACGUGUCUAACGAAGACUCAGUGCGGAGGGCGUUUGCAGUUGCAACAAAGGCUUAUGGCCCGGUUGACAUCUGCAUAGCCCUAGCGUCCCUCGACCUUUCAGUCCUGGAGCCAUCUCCAUUCGCCGAUGCAUCGUUCAGUCAAUUGAACCGAGUCCUCAACGUCAAUGUUGUAGGUACUUGGCUUACAGCACGGGAAUGGAUUCGUGGCCUUCGCGAGGCUAAGCUUGAAGGCAGGACACUGAGGCAUCCAAAUCUCAUCAUCAUUGGGUCUGAAAGCGGACAUUUUGGCGAGCGACUGAAUGCCGAGUACAGCUUAGGGAAGAGUGCCGUGCAAGGAGGGUUACUCAUGUCUCUCCGAGCGGAAGUUCCAAGAGAAUAUGCAGGCGCGCGAGUCAACGUUGUUGCUCCCGGACCAGUGCAGACAGAUCGAUGGUACGAAGAGUGCGGGAGGAAUCCAGACCAAUACUAUCUGGAGGCUCAGGCGACGACCGCUCUAGCUGAGCCGAUUCCUAUUCGAGCCGUUGCAAUGACAAUCCUUUCUCUGGCCAGUCACAACUUCAGCAGUCAUGUACAUGGCCAGAUAGUCAACGUCGAUGGCGGCAAGCAGGGUAAAGUAAUGUGGACAAAAGAGGAGGUGGCUCAGCUUGAGCAACGAUAGUAUGCUUUUGAUAAACCGUAUCAGCCACGCUAUUCGCUGGGUCAUCAUCACCGAUACAAGCUUCUUUGUGCCGCUUUGAAAGCAGCACCGUGAUGUCCAUACGAGGAAUCUUUUGAGCCGAGCAAAUCAGUCUCGAGGAAUGCGCCCAAUGCUAGAACCCAGCGCGCCAAGAGCUCAGGGACCUAAAGCAGUUGACAUGGCAUUCUUCUAGCGCAGAUCCGAUUACACCGACUUUGGUCAGCUGAUAGACAGGUUGCUUGCAUGCCACUAGACGGCCUCUCCUGCGCGUACAGCUGUCUCGUUGCAUAUUAUUACUCUCCCGGCGAAAAAAAAGAAAGAAGAUGCGCCGAAUGUAUGGCCGAUGUUUUCGUCUUGGUAAACCGUCUUGCGGCUGGCUAACUUGCAUU